AAGAAUUACGCACAUAAAUAUAGUUUUACUUAUUAAUAUUUCACCAGAAUGAAAGGAUCUUUGACUCUGAGGAACUGAUUCAUCAACACCGAAGCUCUUCCCGUCCACAACACAGAUCUCGGGUCUGAGGAUUGAGGAGUAACGUUAAUAUCAAACCCUGUCUGUGUCCCCAUCAUCCAGACCUAGCAGCAGAAGUGGAUCUGUAACGGGUCCAUAUCAGGAUUUAAUGACGAUCAGCUGAUCUCUCGUAGACGCUGUGCUGGUUUCCAUUGGUAACGGGCACGCGCACAGAUUUCACCGUAACCCGUCCGUCUCUGCUGCCGGGGACCAGACAUGACUUCAAAACAGAAGAAGGGGCUCAGAGGCUCUAUAGAUGACGUGUUAGGAGAUCUGCUGGGGGAUGAAGAUGAUGAUGAAGGUCCAGUGAAGGUGCGUUCACCUGCAGUCGUGUCCAGCAGAGCCACGGCCGUCCCCCCGGCCCGCAGCGGGAAGAGGUCGCUUCUGGACGAUGAUUUCUUCAGCAAACUGGCAGAAGAGGCUGAGAAAGAUGAUGAGGGCUCUGACGUGUCUGAGGCCGAUCCUGCCGCUCUGCUGGACAGCAUGAAGAACAUGGAUGACAUGGAUGCAGAUCUGUUCGGCUCCAAGAAGAAGCCGAGCUCGGCUCCUGUUCAGAGGAAGGACUCCAAAAGACCAGGAGACGAGAGCAAACCCACCGAAGACACGGUUCCUGAAGACAAAAAAAAGCCCAGUUCUGCUCCGGCCUCCACAGCGAGAGCUUACAAGAAGUUCAGCUUUCUGGAUGAUGAAGGCGGAGGUCUCGAUCCUCCUCCUGAUGAAGAUAAAGCGGACGAUCCGUUAGAUGAUUUACUGGAUGAGCUGGAACACAAGCAGAAGACGAGUAAGACCAGCGAGCCGCCGGCCGCUCCUCAGAGAACAGAGACGGCAGCUGCUGUGAAGAAGAGAGAGGAUCUGACGUUUGAUGACGAUGAAGAUGAUCUGAUAGACGCGCUGGGCUUCGGAGGAACACACAAAACACAAGGAAACGGAAAGACACCGAAAAAAGACAGCCUGUCGUCUGUGAUCAGUGAUCCUCCUCCGAGAGCUCGCACACGACUGGAUGAGAUCCUGGGCAGAGGAACGUCUCCUCGUCUGCUGGAGAGACCCGUCACGGGGGAGAAGAAAGACUCAACACAGACGGAGAAACAGACGGAGAAGAGCUCUGCUGGAAAAGUCUCUCUGAUGGACGAGGAGGACUUCACAUUCGGCUCCUAUCAGCCCACCAUGGGCUCCACUCCAGAGGGCCGGCAGUCCCGCAGACAGUCGGUCAGAUUCUCCACUGAAGACGUGAGCGUUCACUCGCCCGAACACAAACCCAAACCCUCCGCACGCGCCGCCCGGCCCAGAUCAGACUGGCUCGGUCUGAAGCAGGACGAAGAGGAGCAGAAGACGAAAGAGGAACCCAAACUAUCUGCACCAGAGACCCUGAAGCCCCCGGCGUCCCCCUCCACAGCGGCCCGUAAAGAGACGCCUGCUUUAAAAACAUCAGAUCCUCCGGCAGCACCCUCGUCUCCUAAAACCACCUCAAAACCAGUGAAGAGAGACGAGGACGAGGAAGACGACUGGCUCGCCGGAGCGCUGAGCCGCAAGAAAACACAGCCAGGGAGCCAAUCAGAGGACAGAGACAGGAAACAGGAAGUCUCGUCUGGUCUGGGGGAGGAAGUGGACGUGUUUGUCAGCUCUAAAUCAAAUGUGCCUUUAGUCCCACAAAGACGUCAGGACGAGUCUCCCGUCCCAAACCCAGAGCUCAGCAGAGCGUCUACUGGCGUCUCCAUCCAACACAACACGAGCUCAGAAACUCAACACAAACCAGGACUCAGUCAGACCCUCUCGUCACAGUCCAGAGAGGCUGAAACACGGCCCUUUAACUCAACCAGCAGCACACAACCCAAACCACAUGCUCAAGACCCCAGAACACCCUCAGGACGGGACGUCCAGACAGAGACACCCCACUCAAACCCCGUCCAGGGGUGGCAUGUGCCCGCUCUAGCGCCCCCUGCAGUGUGGAUGCUUCCACAGACAUCUACUGAGGGCACUGUACCUGCGACACACACACACACACCUUUACCUGCAGACAGUCUUCAGCAGCUACUCAUACAACAACAGCUGUGGGGUCUGAGCGGCUCUCUGGACCAUCAGCAUGACGUGACGUCGCUGCAGAAACGCAUCAUUCAGCUGGAGGGACAGGUGAGGAGUUUACAGCUGGAGAGAGACCAGAACCAGAUGCUGUUAGAGAGCAUUCAACAGAGACACAAACAAGACACUGAGCUGAUGGAGAACAUGCACAGAGCUCGUGUGAAGCUGCUGGAGGAAUCGUCCGCUCAGCGAGAGCUGCGCUCGCGGCAGGAGAACGAGGACCUGGCGGAGAGACUGGCUGCGGUCACACGUCUGGUGGAGCAGGAGAGAGCAGAGAUGCAGGCGCAGCAGCACCGCAGACUCACGCAGUGUCAUCAGGACCGAGACCGAGAGGUGGAGAGACUCCGAGACCUGCAGAGGAAGUCCAUCCUGGAGAUGAAGAGAGAUCAUGAAGAACAGAUCCAGCAUCUGAAGAAGCUGAAGGACGAGGAGAUCGACGCAGUGACCAGCGCCACAUCACAGACCAGGUCUCUGACGGUGGUCAUCGAGCAGAUGGAGCAGUUCUCCCGCAGGCUGGGCGAUCUCUCGUCUCGCGUGGAGAGUUCACAUGAAAACACAGCGCAGGGACUGGAGAUCGGAGCCAGACAGAGAGACCAGCAGCUCAGAGUUCUGCAGGAGCGCUUGAGUCAGCAGCAGCGCGAGAUGACCGAAGAGAGGUCACGACUCAAAGAGGUCAUCGCCAAGAUGGACACACAGCUGGCCGAGCAGCAGAGACAGCUGGAGAAGGAGCGCUGGCGGGUCACGUCAGAACAGGUCAAAGUUGAAUCAUCUCUGCGAGGACUGGAGGAGGAGAGACGGACCAUGAUGCAACAGUUCAGCAUGGAGAGAGAGGAGCUGGAGAGGGCAAAGAGCGCUCUCCUGGAGGAGCAGCAGUCCGUCAUGCAGCACUGUGCAGAAGAGCGCAGGAAGCUGGCGGCCGAGUGGAGCCACUUUCACACGCAGGAGAAACUGCGUCAGGAGCGAGUGGAGAGAGAGGCCAGCCGAGCCAUGGAAAGAGACGCACACAGAGAGGGCUCCUUCAUCAGCAUGGCACAGGAGCAGGUGGAUCUGAAGCUGCGCGCCGGAGAGCUGAAACAGAAGGAGGAAGCACUGCUGCGUGAGAGAGACAGUCUGGAGAAACUGAGACAGGAGCUGGACACUGAGAAAGAGCGACUGAGCGCCGCGGCUCUGAGACUCAAGACACGAGCGCAGGAGGUGGAGAGCUUCAGCACGCUGGCGUCCGAGCGCUUCGAGGAGGGAGAGCGAGCGCUGCGAGAGGCCAGACAGGUGGAGGCCGAACACCAGACUCGACUACGCAACAUCCACACGCAGAUGGAGAGACUACGACAACAGGAGCACAGCCUACAGCAGGAGCGUCUGAGGAUGACGGAUCAUCACAGAGACAUGGAGCGACUGAGACACACUCUUCCCGUCCACCCCGGGACGUCAGCAGCUCUCAUCACAGAUUUCUCUCCAGCGUUAGCCAGCACACACCUGACCCCCGCUGUGAACCCGCUGCCCGCUGAACUACACGCCCGCCUCGCCCUCAUCAGACACACCGCUGAGAAGGACAGAGACUUCCUGCAGGAGGAGCAGUACUUCCUGGACACUCUGAAGAAAGCCCCAUACAACACAUGACCACACAGAGAUGGACCGUUUUGAUAUACGCUUUAUUUGAUAAUAAAAGUUUUUA